AUGAAAUCACGGCUUCCCUCAAAGUUCGCCACCUUCCCAACAUUGAUGAUGAUGAUGAUGGUACUUUCACUGGUGGUACUGAUCUUCUCCAUCUCUGUUUCACUGUUUUCAACAUGGCAACAGCUUCAAAUAUUGAAGCCCAAGGGAGUGUUCUUCUUUAAGGGAAGGCGGAGCUUGAAACACAAGAACUUCUUAACAUCAACAUAUAAUGGCCAUCACAUGGCAACCAUCACCAGGGUCCAACUGGGAGCUGGAUUGGGACUGGAAGGGAAGCUGGAGACUCUCAACUUCUCAUCUCUACCAUCACUCAGAGUUCUCAAUCUCAGUAACAACCAUCUACAUGGUUCCAUCCCUGCAGCCAUUUCAUCUCUCUCCAAGCUCACCAUCCUUGAUCUCGGCGUCAACAGUCUCACAGGCAUCAUCCCAUCAGAGUUCGGUAAUAUGACAAGGCCCAUGACCUUAUCGCUCUCGUUUAAUCAGAUAAGUGGCUCCAUACCUCCUUCUUUUGGAAAGCUUUGGAACCUGAAUUGGCUAACCAUCUCUAGUAAUUUCUUAGUUUGUUCCAUCCCUCCAGUGUUAGGAAACUUGACCAAACUCAAUUUUUUAUAUCUAUGGAGAAAUAACCUCACUGGAUCCAUCCCUCGUGAGAUUGGACAUUUGGUGAAUCUCAAGAAAUUUGAUGUCUCGAGUAACAAUAUAAGAGGUUCCAUCCCUGUAGGCAUAGGAAACUUGACUGAACUAAGCUGGUUAAACCUUUAUGACAACCAAUUAUAUGGGUCCAUACCAAGCCACAUAGGAAAUCUGCUGAAGCUUGAAGCUUUUUCCUUACAGAGCAAUAACAUAAAGGGUUCCAUUCCUGGUGAGAUUGUGAAUCUAGUGAACGUGAGAGAUCUUGCAAUAUCUGACAACCGAAUAACUGGUCCAAUCCCACAAAGCAUUGGAAACUUGACCAAGUUUGAACCUCUUUACAGAAAGAAGUCCAGUGCAAAUGACACAAGGAAAGAAUUUGAUGAACAUUUCUUCUCUAGUUGGGGAGUAAAUCAUGGAAAGGAAGCAUACAAAGCGAUUAUUAGAUCAACCGAAAAUUUUGAUGAGAAGUAUCAAAUUGGUACAGGAGCUUGUAGCAUUGUCUAUAAAGUAACAAUAUCAUCAGGAGUAACAGAUGCUAUCAAGAAAAUUAAAGAAGAAGAAGAAGCCCAAGUGAAUGAGCAAGCUUUUCAUAAUGAAAUACAAGCAUUAAUUGAAAUUUGGCAUCGGAAUAUUGUGAGGUUUUAUGGUUUUUGCUCAACUGAUAAAAUCAGUUUUCUUGCAUAUGAAUAUAUGGAGAGAAAAAGCCUGGGUGCCACUCUUAGAUCUGAACAGGGAGAAAUGGAGUUGGAUUGGAUCAAGAGAGUCAACAUUGUACGAGACAUUGCUCAAGCUUUAUCUUACUUACAUCAUGAUUGUGAUCCACCUAUCGUCAUCGAGACAUAA